AUGCAACUGAUAGGGAUGGUAGUCGUAUCGACAGGUCUUCUCAACGGUGUGGCCUCCUCCAACGUCGACUUAUGCCGGGCGAAAGUCGUAUGCACCAUGCUUAGCGGCCUCGAUUGCAACCGGUCAGGGGGUGGAUGCCCCCCGUGCAUUUACCAGCGCACCGUGGAUGCCUUGGAUUGCAGGAAGAAGACUGCGGUUGAAUUGGGCUGCCCAAAUAUUGCAUUACCGCUGCUCAUCGACUGUGAUACAAUCGUUCCCACCACCACCCCCAACACAGUGUUGCAGCAAAUCUCCAUCGAGCAAGCGAAUAGUGGCAACAACACUAGCUCCAAUAACACACGGAAUCCCACGACCCUCCCUCCCAACGGUGGCUCGAGCACAAUAUCAAUUGGACCUGUAGGACAAAGUACCAACAACUCGGCCGUGUACUGGGUAGUCGGAAUCUCCAUGGGUGUAUGCCUUCUGCUAGUGGGAUUGUGCUGCCUACGACGGCGCUCACCGAAGCGCCAGCGACAUGCUCCUAACGUUGAGUCGGUGCACAAAAUCAAACGCCAGCAGGCCAACGCGGACGAGUUGCCCAUUCCCGCGCCGUUGAUUCUCGUCUCCGAAUCGCUGCGAUACGACCUAUUGAAUUCUUAUCCCGACCAAAGCACUCAAGCGAUUGUAUCUGCCUCCGGCACCCCUUCGUCCACGGAAGACGACGACAUCCUCAGCACCGUCUUCAUGCGCUUCCGCACGACCGCCGACUAUGCUGCCGACGAGCGGAACUCGGUGUUUUCGAUGCUGUCAUCGAUGGAUUCAUCGACUCUCUCAUCCAUGGGUUCAUUGGAUACGGUGCAUAGGGACGAGGAUGAAGUAGAUAUUUAG